CGUUUUUACAGCUUAUACCAGCCUUGUAUUGGGACUUUAUAUAGAACACCGGAUUGUCGUCGACUUCCACCAUUACUAUGAACUCCCCGCUGUAGUUGAAUUUCUCAAUCCUCCUUGAAGCCGCAUGGCAGGAUCCUAUGAGCUUCUGGAUGCAGGGCGUCCAGGUAGCCCUGCCGACACCAGCUCGGACACCAUCGAAAUGGCUACUCUGGACGCUGUAACUCCAGACCCAAGGCUCAAGCACGCACCAUAUGUUCAUGACACUCAAGAUUCGGAAGAUGAAGAAUCCGGCGACGAAGAUGAUGGAGAACGUGCGUUGCUGACACCACACGAUAGACCUCGCGGUUGGGAACGAAUAUCACAGAGUAUUAGCCUUUGGAAACAAGUACAGCGUAUUGUCAUCGAGACCGCACCCACACUCCUUCUCACUACCAUUGGACUGCUCUUCACUGGCGAGCUAUUGAACAGUGUCUCGCGCUGGAAAGCUAUGGUUCGGAUUGACGAACUCAUAAUGAUAAUACCUGUGGUCCUUAAUCUCAAGGGUAAUCUUGAGAUGAACCUUUCAGCACGUCUUGGCACCGCCGCAAAUAUUGGUGAACUUGACAAACCUGAUGCACGUCGGUCCAUUAUACUCGGGAACCUCUCGCUUCUACAAGUUCAAGCAACUGUAGUAUCGUUUGUAGCUGCUGUUGUAGCCUUUCUUUUGGGCCGUAUAAUGCCGCGCUCGCCGAAUGAACCUCAGCCCGAGGCGUCGAGUGACCAGCUUGUGCCAAGUAUCUUCACGUCUCGCAUGCUUUCUCCGCGCAGACCUCGUCCAACGCUACCUCAAGGGCCUCCGGGGGGUGUCACUGAGUUCCUCAUGACUGCAUCCUCCGCAAUGUCCGCUGCGUGCUUGUCUAGUAUUUUAUUAGGUUCUUUCAUGUGCGGCCUCGUUCUUCUUUGUAGGCGCUUUGGUCUUGACCCAGAUAAUAUUGCACCUCCUGUCGCGUCCUGCUUGGGUGAUCUUGUGACAUUGCUUCUUCUUGGAGCUGUUUCGACCCUUUAUAUCAAUCUCGUCAGCACACCGUUAUCAUUAAUCAUGAUUAUCGUUUUGGUGCUUGCAGGGGUUGCGUGGGUAUUCGUGACCAGGCGCAAUCCCCACGUCAGAGAGCUGUUGAAGGAGGGUUGGCUGCCCUUAUUUGCAGCUAUGAUUAUUAGCAGUGGUACUGGUAUCGUCCUAGACACCUUUGUAAGCCGAUACGAGGGUUUCGCUUUACUUGCAGUUGUUAUUAGCGGUAUGUCUUCCAGGCAGUGUUGGUUCAAUAUUCGUCUCGAGGUUAUCAACAGCGCUUCAUGGUGCAGCGAUCGCAGGAUUCCGCUUACCUUUGUCAAACGACGACUUCUCAAAACCUUCACAACCUCAACCAAGCACUAAGCUAGUAAUGAUCACACUUCUGUGUGUCACAUUCCCUGUCGAAAUCAUCUUCCUCUGUGUCCUCCGGGGUCUGGGAUGGCUCCACUUUCCAGUCUUCUUCGUGGUCUUCUCCGUACUAUUCUUUUGCGUCGCCGUUAUCGCAUCCCUAGUCAUCGCCAGAUACCUCACCGAAUUCCUCUGGAAUAGAGGUUUAGACCCGGAUAUGUAUGCCAUGCCCAUCCAUUCGGCUUUGGUCGACCUCAUCGGUCAGCUUCUCCUUGUAUGUUGUUUCGAGAUUGUUUCUCUCUUGGGUAUCACGGUUAGGAGUCCUAAGGCCUAAGGGCGGCUAGCCUUGUUUGUCACAACUAUCCAGGCGUGUUGGUUUCGGGUCAUUCUUCGCACAUCUUUAUAUACACUAAGUUAUUGUCUGUCUGUCGCUCAUUGUAUCGUUAUCUAUUCUACUAGUCACGGCUAUUAUUUGGAGGAUCACACAAUCCCUUAACCAAACGCCGAUGCCUUGUUGUGCGUACUUGUCGGGGCUUUGAGGGUUCUACUUUUCGGUAUAGGGGAUUUGGUAAGGUGAGUGAAGAUAAGACGCUCCGCCUGUCUGAAAUGUUGUCGUGCUGUCUGUGGCCUUCGGGAAAGUCGUUGCUCAACAAGUGAAAGGGUAGCAUUUCCCCGGUAAGCUUAUAAGAUUUUUCUCAAUAUUUGCUGAUCCACAAUACCUGAAUGAUGCGCUCUUGCUGCGCGAAAAAUCAAGAUCGCACUCGCGA